CAUAAACCAACCCCAAAGCAUUGUGCAUCUGCCUUGGAGAGAAAGAAAGAUAUUAGUGUGUAGAAGCUUCUUUCGCAAAAAAAAAAUCCCAAGAACUUCAGAACAUUCGUGACACUUCUUAUUUUAUCUCCUCCACGUUCUAGACUAAUUGUCACCGCUUUAUCUCACUUAUAAAUUAUGAAAGUUUCUGCAUUUCUCGCACUCAAAUCACAAAUCAGAAAUCACUGCACCUAAUUAAUCAAAUUCUCUGAUCGUUACUCCUUUCUCUAUUUCUCUAGUUUUCGAAGAAAAACAAUGGCUUCUUCAGUAGCUCUCCGACGUCUUGCCGGAAAAGAUUUACUUUCCGGCAACAUUUUCCGACCAUUUCGAUCUCUUUCAUCUACUCGGGCCUUCAAUACAAACACUCAGAUGACUAGAGUUGAUGACGAUGAUGUUGAUGAUCGUUCUUCCAUCUCCCGCCGCCGUGACUUUCCAACUGGAAUCCUUCCAGAUGUGUUUGAUCCAUUUGCACCAACAAGGAGUGUAAGCCAGUUAAUGAACUUCAUGGAUCAAUUAAUGGAGAAUUCAGCAUCCCGAAUGGGAAUGGGCGGAGGAGGAGCAAUGAAGAGAGGAUGGGAUGUUAAAGAAGAUAAAGAGGCUUUAAGAUUGAAGGUAGACAUGCCAGGAUUGGGGAAGGAAGAUGUAAAAGUAUCAGUAGAAGAAAAUACUCUGAUCAUAAAAGGUGAAGCAGAGAAAGAAACAGAGGAAAUGGAAGAUCGUAGAAGGUACUCAACAAGGAUUGAUUUGAGUCCAAAUAUGUAUAAAAUUGAUGGGAUUAAAGCUGAGAUGAAUAAUGGUGUGCUCAAGAUUGUUCUUCCUAAACUUAAACCUGAGGAAAGGAAAGAUGUUUUUCAAGUUCAGAUUGAAUAAGCUUUGAAUAGUGCUUAUUUUAAUUACUAGUAUCAUAAACCAAAAAUCAAUCAUCAUGUAUUAGUUGUUUAAUUGGUGUUCUACGUUCAUGUAUUAGUUUUAAUAGUAAUAAAAUAGUGUUUUGUUUUUUGGUUUUGUAA